AUGCGAACGCCCACUUUCCUUAAUGGGGCAUGGGCUGCCUCUGCAACCUUCAUGAAGUCGCAAGGUGACAGGGACAGAAUGAAGGAGAGGACCUUUCACUGGUACGCCUGGCCCUCGAAAGCAAACCAGGGUCUGUGUCGAGCGGCCAGCCGUGAGACGGGUGGCGUCUGCUUCCUGCAGGUAGCUCCACACCUGCUCGGGCGGGCUGUGGCAGAGCUGGUGUUGUCACUGCAGGGGGAUGCCCUUGGCGAUGAACAGACAGGAGCCAGACCAAAGUGUUUAAGGGGGAAGGUCAUGACUUUCACUGAACUGACCACUCAAAGCUACGCUCAGCUUUACCCAAAUGUAACAAUGGAUCUUGCCUGACCAAGAGAGUUCCUUUCAUGCCUGUUUUCUCUGGCUGAAAAAGCCCACCCUAAUGACUUUUCUAUAUUAUGGUCAGCAAACAAAAAUUACAAGUUGUUCAUUCAUAAUGUUUGUGUGGAAUUUAAUGGGCUGCCAUACCAUCUGAAUCAGUGGAACUCACUGUGUGCAACCUGGGAUCCCAAAACUUGAGGGGAUCAAGAAAGCAGCAUUAGGUAGGCCUUGGGCACUAAGAAACAUUUGAAAGGAGAACCUUGUUUAAUACAUGGUCAAUGUCAGACCACAUUUGAUGGAGGGUUCAGCCAAGACCAUACUUUCACUGGUUUCAUAGAUGUGCACAUGCAUAGCACAGUCCUAACCCCCCGUCAGAUUAAGUUCUACUUGGAGGGAAAGAUGGGCACAUAUACAUUUGGAGAUUACAUUAACUGGCACGAUCUUAAGCACACCAUUGUUGGGUCUGCUCUAGUGGAAGAAAAGCAGCAUGUAACCUUUCAUUUAAAUGAAAAUAAGAAUUAG